AAAGGGCGGCGGCAGCCACCGGGGAGCGGUGCGGCGUGUGCGGCGGAGGGGCUGGCGCCGCAUCUCCGGCAGCAGCAGCAGCCGCCGGCGCCCUGAGCGGAGGAAGUGAUGAGAACACCUGGAAAGGACACGGAGUGGAGAGGAGACCAGAGCCUGCAGGGAGCGGCUGAGGUCCCAGGCUCAGAAGGGACCACGUACUCCAGGUUUAAGAGGUCCAUUAAGAGGAAGCUGGCGGCCAGGGCUGCGGUGGUGAGCAGCCCUAUUGUCACAAGAUGGCAGCAGCCGCACAGGAGAGGAGGUGCGAGGGAGCGGCGCAGAGCCUGCUGCCUGACCCAUCUCUGUCCCGCCGGAGGGCCCCCGCUCCUCAGCACAGCUGGGAAGGCUCCAGUGACACCUCAGGUGCCUAAAAAACUCUCUGUCACAAAAACUCUUGUGACUCUACAUAGCAGUCAUGCUGCAGCAGGCUUGGAAGGCAGGAAAAACAGAAGAGCUGAAAUGAAAAAGAGAUGGAAACGUCCUUCUCAGCUUCCAGUGGUCCAGGAGGUUGGAUAUAGCAUUGCAGAAUAUGGUGAUGUGAAGAUCUGUGAAAAUACCAAUUGCAUCUGGAAAGGUUGCCAAGAGGGGACCCAGAAUGAAUUUAGAGCUGUUACCAUCAUGAAGCCUUCCAUACCACUGGAGCCUGAAGUGAGGCUUCAUAUUACUGGCUUGCGCAAUGAUUACUAUCUAAACAUACUGGACUGGAGCCUUGAAAAUCUCAUUGCUGUUGCUGUAGGACCUGCUGUACACAUCUGGAAUGGAGAAACUCUUCAAGCCAUUGAAAGCAUUGGUUUGAAUUCCAGUUCCAAGUACAUUUCAUCUCUGGCUUGGAUAAAAGAAGGAACUUGCCUUGCAGUUGGCACCAGUGAUGGAGAAGUGCAACUGUGGGACAUUGAAACCAAGAAGAGGUUGAGAAAUAUGUUUGGUCACUUGUCUGUAGUUGGAGCUCUGAGCUGGAAUCGUUACAUUCUGAGCAGUGGUUCACGACUAGGAUCUAUUCAUCACCAUGAUGUUCGGGUUGCUCAGCACCAUGUCGGGACUCUUUGCCAAAACAAACAGAGCAUUUGCAGCCUAAAAUGGUCACUAACCAACCAGUUGCUGGCAAGUGGGUCUAGUGAUGGUAUAUUGAAUAUCUGGCCUGGUGACCCUGGUGUGAAAUUGCAGUCACAGCCAUUGAAAACCAUACCUCAUUCCUCAGCAGUUAAGGCUGUGAACUGGUGUCCUUGGCAGUCCAAAAUCCUUGCUACAGGGGGUGGAAUGAAAGAUGGGGUUUUGCGUGUCUGGGACAUAAAUCAGGAGAAAAUAAUCCAAAGUGCAGCUACAGAUUCUCAGAUUUGUUCCCUGCUCUGGUUACCCAAAACCAGUGAAGUGGUGACUGGACAAGGUCUUCCUGGAAAUCAAAUGAAAAUAUGGAAGUAUCCUAUGCUUAUCAGUUCAUCAGAACUCUAUGGUCACGAAGGGAGAGUCCUGCAUAUAGCCCUGAGCCCAGAUCAGAGCAGACUCUUUUCUGUUGCAGCUGAUGGGAUAGCUUCUCUGUGGAAAUGCCAUGAGACUGGGGAGAGCAAGCACAACAGCAAAGGCUUUUUCUAAUGGUUAUCUGAGCUCAUUCUUGUGACUUCUCUUCCUUGAAAGCAAGUGGUUAAAUGUACUUAGCCAAUUCAACAAUUCAAAAAAUGUGUGUUCCUUCCAAUGGAAACAUGGCAAAAGACAGUGCAAUUUUGUGAAGAGAAAGCAAUUUUCCACAUCAAUCCAUCAUGUAAAAUUUUAGUAGCUUGUCUUAAUUACCCUAAAGGAAAAAAUAUUGUAACUCUGAAGAAUGGCACCAUAUUUAUUUUCAUUAAACUAUCAAGCACGGAUGGAAUCCACCUUGUAGUCAAAUGCCAGCAUAAAGUCUUAGAUCCUGCCUUUAGCUGUGAUUGUUGUGAGUAAUUUUACAUCAUCUUAGUGUCCCCAUUGGGAACCACAUGUCAGUGUAAAUUGCCUCAAAUCAUUCAAAGGCCAAGAUCAGCAGAGACCAGUCCAGGUGACUGUAUUGUUCUAUAUAUCACAUAGAUCAUAGUGCAGAAUCUGUGUAAACAUUUAUAGAGAUCUAGAUUAAAUAUAUAACUGUAAUUAAAUAUAAACAAUGUAUCGGGAAUAUUUUUUGUAGAGGUAAUGAUAACUAGCUUAAUUAGAAAACUGUCUUUAUUGGAUUUUGAAUAGUUUCCUCUCUUUAAGCCCGCCUACUGUGUUUUACAAUGAUUUAAAAUAUAAAUAAUUGCAUGAUAAUUCUAUUAUUAUACAUAAUUCUGUAAUCAACUGGUUAGUAAGCCAGGUGGACAUAGUCAAAGAAGCAUGCUGUUUGAAUCAAACACAACACUUAGUUCAUUCAUUCCUUGAGGGUACCAGUUUAAUUUGGGGUGUCAGCAAACCUGGCAGCUGUCACCCUCUUAUGAAUUUUAUUUAGUGCUCACAAGGACCAAACCUCUUGGACUUUAGCAGAAAUUUGCCUGUGUAAGACCUGUACACUGUCAACAGCUAAGGAAGGAUGUCAGGACUGGUCUUCAGAUGCUAUUCAGAUGCAACUCAGUAGUGGUAUUCAAAACGUCUUCUUUCCACAGACAUCUUUGGAACUUUGCUGUCGUUUUUAGGAAUGAGGAGAGGCGAGGUGUAAGGAAUCACUCAUGCAUUUGUAUAUGAAAAGCCCAGUGAGCUCAGGAACUCAUAUUGAUUGCCUUUCUUUAUUUUUUUUUUUUUUUUUGCUGGAAAUUUAAUCAGAAUAUUUCCUGUAGCUGGGGAAAAAUGGGAGAUUAGGUGAGCGUCAGCCCAUGGACGUGAUCAAAUGCAUGAAAAGAGAGAAGCAGACGUUACAGGGGCACAAAUAUCUCUGGAAAUGAAUGUGAAACUGUCAUGUCUUUAGUUCCCAUCAUUUUUAAAACCUCAUCUUCUGCUGUUCAUAAAUGACGUGGUUGCUAACUUUAGGUCUGGAAGGUUUAGACCACUAAUCUUUUUUUAACUAGUAAGAUGUUAGUUUACAAUAAAUCUGCUGCUGAACUGCUGGUUUCUGAUGUCAUCUUGUGUGGUCUUCAACAAAGCAGGUUAGAAAAUGGGAUUGUUGAUUAUCAGUUGAGAAAUGACUGUCAAGAAGCUUGUAUCUAAGAAUGCAAAAUAACUUACACUAUGCCUGUCUUAUCAUAUGAGCUUGUUUGUUGCAGCAAAUUUUAUCCAGCACUUAGAAUGUGAUUUAAAUGUUGAAAGUAGUAUUUCAAAUAAUUUAAAAGAUUUUUUAAAUGUUAGAAACAUUUAUUCUCCUUUGAAUGGGAAAAAAGCAGUGGAAUUAGUUUUUUUACUCAUCUGUUUUUCAGAUUGUCCCAGAAAUUAAUUUACUUUCUUUUGAUGAUACCUGAGUGCUGGUUUGCCCAAUACAGGAAAGAGAUGUACAACACAGAAUGAGGGACUAUGGUGGGGAAGGAGCUGGUCGAUAUUGAAACUAAGCAUAUUUUGUUGGAUGCUCAACUGUCAAAAUAAGAAAAUACAUUUCUUUCAGACUGAGAAGUGCUCAGGUCUUAGAUAAUGCUUUUUCAUUGUUAAGUGGUCAAGCUGUGCUGCCUCAGAAGUACUUAACAUGAUAUCUCAAAGUGGAAGAACUCGCUGAUUUCUGUAGAACUAACCGUUAGCCUAUAAAUAAGAGAGAAUCUUGUAUGUGUGACCUGUAGCUCUGUUCUGGGAACAUGUCUGAGGAAGCAUGCAUUUAAAUUCCACACUGUGACUAAUCUGCAGUGAAAUUAAACAUAUACUGGAGUGCC